CAUACACGUAUUUUAUUUAUUUUGUAGGUUCGACACCGCGUAACUGGUGAUGUAAUGGUGCUCAAAAUGAACAAACUCAUCAGCAACCGGCACAAUAUGCUGCGUGAAGUAGAGCUAAUGAAUCGACUUCAUCAUCCCAACAUCCUCAGUUAUUAUGGUGUGUGUGUAAAUGAGGGACAAGUUCAUGCAUUGACAGAGUACAUUAAUGGGGGUUCCCUUGAUUCUCUCAUUGGAAACCAUGCUGUGGUUUUACCUUGGGUAACGCGAGUUUCUCUGGCACUGGACGUGGCUCGAGGGAUGGCCUAUCUUCACUCCCAAGGGGUUUUCCAUAGAGAUCUCACCUCCAAGAAUGUGCUCAUUAAGCAUUCACAGGAGAGUGGUGAAUACAAGCUAACGGCUGUGAUAGCUGAUUUUGGCCUUGCAGCUCCCAUCCCACAUGAAAGGUGUAUGCGUCUGCGUCAAGUGGGAUCACCAUAUUGGAUGGCUCCUGAAGUUAUUCGUGGUGAUUGGUAUGAUCAUCGUGUUGAUGUGUUCAGUUUUGGUAUCAUCGUGUGUGAAAUGAUUGCCAGAUGUGAAGCUGAGUUGUUCCAGGCUUCGGGAGCAGCUGGUUCUCUAUCGCUGAUAAGCUGGAAUGAUGGCUGUUUGGCCUCUUAAAAAAGUAAAAGAAAA